ACGCAAAUAAAAAAAAAAAAAAUAACAAAGAAAAACAAAGUAUAAUAAUAAUAAAAAACAUUUGAUAGCUAUCAAGUGGAGAGCUGAGUACAAAAGGUUUGUACGUGACAGCGUUCGAGAAAAAUUAGGUAGCUCAACAUUUAGCUAAUCACCCGGAUUAAAAUGGUUGAUAUCAAGACAAAUAUUAGUUUCGCGUGUCAGCGAUGUUUACAACCACUAAGACUUGACCCAAGUUUCGAUCACCUUGGCGAACAUACACUAGCUGAAUUAUCACUCCCAAUCCAACAGCAAGUUGUAGGUGAAAUAGAACCACAAAGUGGUAGCCUAGAACAUUUAGUGCCACCAUUUAGACUUACUGAAUCUGCUAAUGGUACCAAUGGUUUUAUGCUAGUUGGUGAUUCUGGAGAAACUGAAAGUCUCAGUCAUCAUUUAAGGGUACGAGCGACAUUAUUUGACAUUUUAAGCAGCAGCAGCGCUGCUGAUAACCCACUGUGCGAUGAGUGCACAGACAGUCUGUUGAUGCUGAUAGAUCAGCAGCUACGAAUGACUGAAGGCGAGUGGUCAGAUUAUAAUGAGUAUCUAAAGAAACUAGAAGCUGAACAGCAGCAGCUGAACAAUGACAACGGGGAGAUGGAGAUGCUGGCCAAAGAGCUGGCAGACGUAAAGGCUGAGGAAGAAAGAAUGAUCCAGGAGUUGGAAGCUUUGAGGAAGGAAGAAGCUGCCACAAUAAAUGCUAUUGCUGAGCAGGAAUCUGAACGUGAGAGACUAGAGACGGAGGAGGAGAGAUACUGGAAAGAAUACUCGAGACACAGGAGAGAUUUAAUUCUAGCUGAAGAAGAAUGCCGAAGUUUGGAAUGUCAAUUAGCUUAUGCAUCAUCACAGCUAGAAAGACUAAAAAAAACAAAUGUAUUCAAUGCCACAUUUCACAUUUGGCAUUCAGGUCACUUUGGUACUAUUAAUUCAUUCAGACUGGGUCGUCUGCCAAAUGCACCCGUAGAUUGGAGCGAAAUAAACGCAGCUUGGGGUCAAACUACACUUCUCCUAUCAGCGCUUGCGAGAAAAAUGAACUUGACAUUCCAACGUUUUCGUCUCGUACCUUUCGGUAAUCACAGUUACAUCGAAGUCCUUGACCAGCAAAAAGAGCUCCCACUUUAUGGGAGCGGGGGAUUCAAAUUUCUAUGGGAUACUAAAUUCGAUGCUGCUAUGGUUGCGUUCUUGGAUUGCCUGCAGCAGUUUAAGGAGCAAGUGGAGAAAGGCGAUAGUGGAUUUUGUUUACCCUACAAGAUGGAUCGAGGGAAAAUAGAAGACUCAGCUACAGGAAACUCAUAUUCUGUCAAAAUUCAGUUCAAUUCCGAAGAACAGUGGACCAAGGCACUAAAAUUUUUAUUAACGAAUUUAAAAUGGGGCCUAGCUUGGGUUAGCUCGCAAUUUUCGAAAGACGAAAGUGAACAUUAAUUACCAAUCAAUAAUAAUAAUUAUUAUUAUUAUUAUGAAUACAA